GCUCUGCGUUCACUUCCACAUAAACAAGAGCAGUGUCGUGGCCAGAGAAACAUGGAGCAUCGCUUUGACAGGGCGGCGGUGCUGUCACCGCUGGAGGAGUCCAGCGCGGAGGUGAGCAGAGACAGCGGUAUCGUGUCCCAGAGCGCCAGCAGCCUGUCUAUGGUGAGCGAGGCCCUGAGCAGCGGCUCUGUGUCUCAGAGCCCGAGUUUCGGCGCUGCAGUGGCCCAGAGCCCGAGCUCAGCAGCCGGAGAAGCCCAGGACCAAAGCGAGCCGGAGCAGACACAUGAUGACCACGAGCUGCUCACACACACAGCCGUCACUUACUCCUCUUAUAUCAGAGCCAGCGCGGGAGAAGAGGUCCUGUGCUUGGAGAAAAGCCUGGAGGAAAUGCUUACAAGAGUCGAUGAGUUUGUUGGUAUGCUUGAUAUGAUUCGAAAUGACACCUCACAGGUGGUCAAUGAGAACCUACCACAGAUACAAAGAAAAUCUGAAGAGAUGAGAGAGAUUUACCAAAAAAUUGACAAAUUGGAGGCCUUUGUCAAAAUGGUUGGAGUCAAUGUCAGUGAAAUGGAAGAACAAGUAACUCAAGUCGAAGGUGAAGUUGGGACAAUACCAGGCGCCUUCAAAAAGAUCUUCCGCACAAUGGCCGUACCAGGUUUUUUAAAUAAACCCGCUAGCCCAAGAAGACAAUCACAAAGACAUCAAGAGCUUCCCAGUGUAUUCAGGACAGAAGAUUACUUUAAACCUCAGUCUGAGCAGUGAAAGAGAGACUAUCAUAUUGAGUUCAUGAAGAACCAACCAAGCCCAGGGUUCUCCAACAUCAGCAGUGCUGCCUGCUUUCACAUGCAAACACACACAUUUUACAGUCACUUUAUCUGCAGCUUAUUGAAGGAAUCCUGAUCAAAGCCAACUGUUGUUUUAGUAGGCAGUCUAAUGGCAGCUAGUUUUAUAACCAACAGAAGCUUUGGUUUUAACUUUUUUUUUUUUUUUUUCCUGAAGUGCCUCUCCAGGAAGCCUGACAAUGUUUCUUAUAAAUGGGAAAGCAUGCUCAAAAAAUGUCAGAACAUCAGUUGAAACGUUUAUAUGAUUUUUACUCCAACUUGUACAUAGUUUUACAGCUUUAUAAUUGUUUUGCCCUCAGUCUUCUCUUCCAGUGCUUGAGAUCUUUUUGCACUACUGUCACUGUUGCUAUUUAUCACUGAUAUUAAGGUCUCAGAUUUGGUGUCUGGCAAAUGUUGACAACGAAUAUGUAACGAAUUAAUGUAACCGGUGUCAUCGACUCUGGGUUAUGAUGUAGCAUUCAGUGCCACACUCAGCCAAACAAUCGGCACAACAAAUAUUGUCAUGGACCAUUUACUUUUCUACUUAAAUCUCCAUGGACAGUUGUGUUAUGCGAAUUGUUAGAUAAUUGUGAUAAUGAUUGUCUAUUUGUAAUAAAUUUCCAAAUGUAGCCUA